AUGAGGAGGUGGCUCGUGGUUAAUCUAUUUACCCAGGAAAACCGGUCAACAUACCCCUUCUGGGCCAUGCGAGGCCAUGUGGUUUGCCAUAUUGCCUCCCAGUGGAGCGUUCGGUGCCUUGCAUAUCCAGGAAGCUGGGUGUAUUAUAUCAUCUCGUCAUCCAAGAUGUUCGCUACGGGUGUGAAGGGAGCCCUUUGGCUCGCCUUCAGCUCCGUGGUGGCAGGUCUGGGCCAGGAACGCAUCAUUUCUCCUAAUGCCACUGGUUCUGUUCUCCAGAUUGCCGGCGGAUCUGUGUCUACGGGCCAGAUUCUUGUGGCUCCGGAUGAGUACUGGGGUGUUGUCCGUGCUGCCCACGAUCUUGCUCGGGAUUUCGGCAGGGUCACGGGGAUCAACUACACUGUCAGCAAUGGCGAGGCUGGCGCGGCCCCGAUUACGUACACGUAUAACCCCAUCAACAACAAGAACAACACCUUUUUCUCUACCCUGGGCACAGCCAACUUCACCGGCCCAGACUUUUUUGAACCAUCCCCGGCCGACACUGUUAUUAUUGCCGGCACUAUCGGUCACUCGGCCAUCAUCGACGCCCUCAUUGCCUCGGGGGCCGUCGACGUCUCCGAGACGGAGGGCAAGUGGGAAGCAUUCACCAGCCAGGUGGUCGAGAACCCCAUCCCAGGCACCGCCAAAGCCCUGGUCAUCGCCGGCGCCGACCCCCGCGGCACCAUCUACGGCAUCUACGACGUCAGCGAGCAAAUCGGCGUCAGCCCGUGGUACUUUUGGGCCGACACCCCGCCCAAGAAGAGCAAGAACCUUUAUGUCAUCAAGAACAAGAAGGUGCAGGGUUCCCCCACAGUCAAGUACCGCGGCUUUUUCCUCAACGAUGAGCAGCCCGCUCUCACCAACUGGGUUGCUUCCCACUGGGAGGAUACCCCUUACGGUCCUGGUUACGGCCCGGCGUUUUACAGCCUCAUCUUUGAGGUCUUGCUCCGCAACAGGGCGAAUUACCUGUGGCCUGCGCUUUGGGCGACGAUGUUUAUGGUUGAUGACCCGGGGAACCAACCUCUGGCGGAUGCGUUUGAGAUUGUGCUUGGGACGAGCCAUACCGAGCCGUUGAUGAGGGCGCAGAAUGAGUUUGGGAAAUUUUACCCGUUGCCGUGGGCGUAUAAUGAGAAUAAUGAGACGAUUGAUGAGUAUUUCCGGUAUGGAGUUCAACGGGCGAAGCCUUAUGCGAGGAACAGCUUGUGGACUGUGGGGAUGAGGGGGACGGGGGAUACGCACAUUGAGGGGUUGGGGGUUGAGCACAUUGUCGAGAUGUUGACCGUUUUGGUGGACAACCAGCGGAAGAUUAUGGCUGAGGGGCUCGAGGUGGAGGAUGUUACUACUGUUCCUCAGGCGUGGUGUUUGUACAAGGAGGUCAUGACGUAUCUGUUUGCGGGGUUGGAGGUUCCGGAGGAUAUCACGCUUUUGUGGGCGGAUGAUAACUGGGGGAAUGUGAGGCGGUUGCCGCUGUUGAAUGAGACGGAGCGGUCGGGGGGUGCGGGGGUUUACUAUCACUUUGAUUAUGUGGGGGAUACGAGGAGUUACAAGUGGAUUAACACGAACCAGCUGAGCAAGACGACGGAGCAGAUGCAUUUGUCGGCGGCGAGGGGGGCGGAUAGGAUUUGGAUUGUGAAUGUGGGGGACAUGAAGGCUUUGGAGGUGCCGAUCAGUCACUACUUUGAUCUGGCGUAUGAUUACAAGAGGUGGCAUAAGGAUAGCACGGAGGAGUGGGCGAGGUUGUUUGCUACGAGGGAGUAUGGGCCGAAGCAUGCGGUGCAUAUUGGGGAUAUCUUGGAGAGGUAUGGGAUGUUGGCGGGGAGGAGGAAGUUUGAGUUGAUCGAGCCGCAUGUGUAUUCGCAGAUCAACUACGGGGAGGCGGAUGCGGUGUUGUAUCAGUGGGCGGAGCUGCACAAGGAGGCUCAGGCGAUUUAUGAUGAUCUGCCGGUUGAGCAGCAGCCGACGUUUUUCCAGACGAUUCUUCACCCGAUCAUGGCGGGGGAGAUCGUCAACAAGAUUCAGAUUGGGGGCGCGAGGAAUAUGUUUUACUCGGGCCAGAAGAGGAACGCGGCGAACAAGGUCAUUUCGGAGGUGUUGUCUUGGUCUUCGGAAGAUGCCAACCUGACGAGGAGAUGGGACGCGCUGUUGGAUGGAAAGUGGAAGCAUUUCAUGGACCAGACGCAUCUCGGCUUUGAUGGCUACUGGCAGCAGCCCAUGAGGAACACCCUCCCUGCUAUGGUCCACGUCCAAACCGACUUUGCUUCCCUCGCUGGCCACGUCGGUAUCGGUGUCGAGGGCUCCAACGCCACCGUCCAGGGAGACGACAAGUACCACCCCAACUCGGCCAACCAGCUCUCCGUCCCAGUCAUGGAACCUUAUGGCCCCAUCACCAGGUACUUUGACGUCUUCUCCCGCGGCACCCAAGACUGCGCCUGGACCGCCUCCCCCUGGCAACCGUGGGUCAAGCUCUCCCAGUACAACGGCACCGUCGGCCCCGACACGGCCGACACCAGGGUGUACAUUACCAUCGACUGGGCCCACCCCCAGAUCAACUCCUCCACCGUCCCCAUCAACGUCACCACCCCCUGCCGCGGCAUGGACCGAUACGGCUUCGGUCUCCCCCGCGUCAACGUCCCCGUCAAACUCCGCUCUCUCCCCUCUAACUUUACAGAGGGUUUCGUCGAGUCGGACGGCCACGUCUCGAUCUCGGGCUCCCACUUCAAGGCCAUCAUCCCCCCCAAGGAAGAGUCGGAAUGGAACCGCAAUAACGUCACGUACGAGGUCUUCCCUCACUUUGGCCGAACUGGUUCAGGUGUGGGUAUGGUGCCCCUCAACACGGAGAAACUUACUGUCGAGACCGCCCCGGCGUUGGAGUAUGAUGUUUACUUUUUCAGCAACCACUCGGCUGCUAAUGUCACGCUUUACAUCUCCCCGGCGCUGAACUAUCUAGGUGAUUACAACCCGCUUGAGUAUGCCGUGGCGUUGUACCCUAAAGGGGGAGACGAAAAGGUGGUGAAUGUGAGGCCUGUUGGGCCGACGGUGGGGACGGGGAUGCCGGCUGGGUGGCAGAAUGCGGUGGCGGAUCAGGUUUGGGGUGCUAGGGGACGGUACACUACUAGUAUUUUUGAGGUGCCGAGGGAGGGGGCGUAUACGCUGAGGAUCUGGGCGCUGAUGCCGGGGGUGGUGGUGCAGAAGGUUGUGAUUGAUGUGGGAGGGGUGAGGGAGAGUUAUUUUGGGCCGCCGGAGAGCUUUUCGGUGGGGAGGGAUGAGGUUGGGGGGUAUAAUGGGACGACGAUUUUGAAUGAGGUUGAUACUAUUGGGGGGUGGAAGGGGGACUCGAAGGGGGGCCAUGGGCAGUAG